GAAAAUGCUGAUUUGAACCUCUUCACGUCAUAUUGCAUGGCGCAAAACGUCCGCGGCGCCGAUAAAUCGGCGUCCAUACUCGCAUACUUCGACGCCCUCGCUCGAAGCGAAGGAAACGCCGUCAAGAAUCGCUCCGAUGGAUACCUCAUCGUCGAGUCCGGGACCACGGUCGUCACAAAGCAGCGGGGGAAGGCGCUAUUCAACACUGGCUUUUCCGAGCACAAUAAUCUCCACCUGCACCCUGAAGAAGCUACGUGCUUGGCGCAUCGUGGGGUCCUCGACAUUCGCUUAGCCGACAACUCAUCAUCAGCAGCAUCUACCUCCUCCCUCUCGCUGCAUGAGCUCAACGACCAACUCAGCGUCUGCGUGCCAAGGGAGUGUCGCGAAGUGUACUGCUUCCUCAAAGACCGCAAGUUCAUUCCCCGACGCGUUCGUCGUCCCGCAGUGUCCACGGCUACGCACGUAUCCAUCGCUUAUGCUGUGCAUGCUCCAGGGAAGAAGUCCGACCCGCCGCUGUUCCACGCCGUCGUGUUUCGCAUGUCCGACGUCAUGCCGUCGCUUGACCUGCUCCUGUCACUCACUCCAACUCGUUCCCCGGAAGUCCCAUCACAUCCGCAUGAUGACGACUCAGCCCCUCCUGUCGACAUUCCCAUCAAGCUCUUCGCAUGCGAUGGUGAAGGCGGUGUUAUCCCCCUGGAAUGCCUCGUCCCCGCAUUUCCCACCCUUGUACAUCCUCCAGAUAUCUAAGACCAAAGACAACUCUCGAAUAUAUAUAUUCGAAAUAUUUGAAGGGGAAGGAAAUAUUAAUAAAUUAGCACUUAACAAAACUCGCAAUCAUAAACUAACUACCCUUCCUUGCCAAAGUAGCUCGUGAGGAACGUCUGCGGGUCCAAAAUGAACUCGUCCACGUACGUCGAUACUGCUUGCGGCUCAUCCGCGUGGUCGAACAAGAUCGAGUAUGGGUCGGUCUCGGGCUCGAGCAGGUCGAACGGGGUCGUGGCGUCGGUGGGAUGGUUCGAUGUGUCGCAGUACAGGAAUGCGUUGUGCGACUUCUUGAGCGAUAGCAUUUGAUACUGAUGGGAUGGCGACGACAGCGGCGAACACGAGUCGUCCAAGCUAUUCUUGUUGCCGGCAUCGCGAUCGUUCUCGGACGACGACGAAAACCAAUCCUCGUCAGUGAGAUGCAGCAUGUCUUCGUCAUUCACGGGGGUCAUGCGAGAUAAGCUCUCGUCGAUGAUGUCGUAUUCAUCCAAAGGCUUGUCGUCUACCGAUGCAGGGUAGUCCAGGAUCAUCGUGGGCACGUCAAACGCAGACAUCGCUUGCCGCCGUGUGACCGACGACAGCGGCAUCAUCGCGUGUUGCCGUGUGCUAAUUCGGCUAGAUGGCUUUUCAAACUCGAUCGCGGCAGUGGCGGCCACGGUUGGUCGCAUCAAGUUGUUGUCCACCAAUUUGGAUGUGUCGACAGAUGCAAACCCAAGAGGUGGCAACGUCACGUCCUUGCGCUUGGACAGUCGGGACGCCGCAGGCGUUGUGUAAUGGCCUUCGUCGAAGCUAAACUUGCGUUUCUUCAUGCUGUUCAAAGCGCCCUUUUGUCGGGUGUUCGCACAGUGGUCCGUGCUAUCGGUGGACGACGAUGCGAAUGCUGACGACGCCACGGCGGCAUUGCUGUGCAUGAAGUGAUUGGCAGCGUCGGCGGUGAUAUGGCCGGUGACACUGCUUCGGUCCUUGCCCUUGGCCUCUUCCUUGGCAAGCUUCUGGUAGUACUUCUGUGCAUGCGUGCGAAUCUGCACGACACUUCGCGUUUUGAUCAGCGUUGCAAUCUUCUUCCACGCUCGGUAGGGAAAGCAUUCGAGUCCCUUCAGGAAUAAUUUGUGCUCCGCGUCCGUCCAUCGUCCCGUGUUCGCUUUGCAGUCGCGCGGCAUGUCCGAGUCGUCGCUAUCGUCGUCGUUGCCGGCAUCUUCGUCGUCGGGGCUGGACGAAUCGUCAUGGAACGACGACGCACGGAAUGCCGCGGCUUCCGCGAGCUCUUUUCGGGCGGGGAGAGUCAUGGAGGACAUGCCAGGGGAUGUGGGCGACCCCAUGGCUUCUCGUUCUUUGAACUUGGCGAAGGCUAGCAAGGACGGAGUUGACGGUGCUGUGAUCUUCAACGACGGUGCAGUCGACGAAGGGCCAUCCGUCAUCUUGCCCAUCACGUUGUACGAGGUACUGGGUUGCAUCAUGCAAGGAAGGAUGGUCGCCUCUGCUCGACGUGGCGGGAUUGAAUAUGGCGUCGUGACAGGAAGGAGAAUGAUGUGGUCGGUCAUGGCAUUUGGUCGUUUCACAAGGCACAAAUUAG